AUGACGGACCCCACCAGGCUUCAUAUUAUUCCCUUGACUCCGGAUCUACUCCCCUCAGUCCUACCUCCAUCCGUCCUAUCAGCGGCCACCGACAUCUCUUUCCACACCAUUCCUACCUUUCCAGAGAACAACUACGGAUACGUCACCUUACCAACCAUGGAGGCCGAGAAAAUCAAAAAGAAGCUCAACGGCAAGAUCCUAAAGGGCAAAAAGUUUCAAAUUGAGACCGCCCGUCCUCAGAAAAGACAAAUUGAGGAGGAAGAGGCCGAUCCCGCGCCUACCAAGGAGAAGCGGAAGUCCAAGAAGCACAAGUCCGAAGACAAGAAAGACAAAAAAGAAAAACAAUCUUUGGAAGGCUACGAACUCCCCUCAGAUCGUAAGGUGAAGAGAGGCUGGACCGAUCCCAACAGUGGAAAAAGGGACAAGCACAAUUACGACAAGGACAAGAAAAAGAACAAAGAGGAUAAGAAGGAUAAACCCCAGCCAAAGUCCAAAUACUCCGAGAAUCCCGAGUGUCUAUUCCGCACAUCCAUUCCUGCCAAUCGUGCUUCCCAAACCGAGGAUGAUAAGAAGGCCAAGAAGAACAAAAAGACUCCCGACAAUGUGGUGCAUGAGUUUGCGAAAACCUAUUCGCACCCCAGCUUUCUUCGCGAAAAGGGUGACGAUUCAGUACCAACAACCGAAUUCGACGAGGAGAAGGGAUGGGUCGACUCAACGGGCACCGUGAAGGAACCUCCUAGCGAAAAGGCUCGAAAGAAGGAUUAUCGCCCCGGUGCAGUCGCUGGAUUCAAAGAAAAGCGUCCCGUCGUCAAAGUACGAGCUUCAAAGACAAAGAGUCAAGUAGAGAACCCAGAAUCGUCUGCCGAGUCGGAUGACUACACCUCAUCGAGCGGUUCCUCCGAUGAGAGCUCAGACUCGAAGAGCGAAAGCGAAGACGAGAACGAGAAAGAGAACGAGGGCAACAACUCCUCUGAUGACUCUGAUUCGUCCGCCGAUGAGGAGGAAUCGGAUAAACCAGAAACUCCAAAAGUAUCUACAAAGACCACAAAUGACGACACCAUGGCUUUAGAUGAUGACUCCAAGUCAGAGGUAGCCGACAAGCCUGCACAAAAUGUUGAUGAGAGUUCCCUGAAAGAAGUCCAUCCCCUAGAAGCUCUCUUCAAACGUCCUGCUGCCCCAGCAGAAGCUGAAGAGAAGACUGCACCAGCGGCCGAUGCUGGGUUCAGUUUUUUCGGCAAUGCCGAUGAUAUUGAAUCCGAGGAUGAGCAACGGUUUACUGAGCCACAGACUCCCUUCACUCCUUACAAUAAGAGAGAGUUGCAAGACCGGGGUCUCCGGAGUGCAGCUCCGACUCCAGACACUGCCCUCGCUAGCAGACACAUGAAGUAUAUGGAGGAUGAUGAUGAAGAGGAGGAAGAGGAGGAUGUCGCAUUUGAUACCCCGGUUUCCAAAUCCCGUGAAGCAGAUGGCAAGAAGGACGAAACUCAAUUCGCGAAGUGGUUCUGGGAGAAUCGUGGUGACAACAACCGUGCAUGGAAGAAGAGGCGGCGUGAUGCGGCUAAGGAACAAAGACAGAGAGACAACCGCAAGAAGGGGAUGAAGGGCCGAUCAUGA